GCAACGAAAGCCUUCACAUCCCUUCCCUUAAAAUUCCUCUUCGAUUUCCAACCAAAUCAGAGAGCACAAAGAAAACAACAAAGGGGGAAAAGAGAAGUAGAAGUAGAAGAUAGAAGAACACAACAAUAGAUCUCUUUCUCUCUCUCUCUCUCUCUCUAGCUGGUGUUUUAGCGAUGUUUCGUUAAGAAUCAUUUGGAGGUUGAUGUAUGAAGUCCAACACUGGGGAAUAAUUGGUAAAAUAAUGGAGGUUCAGCGUAUGAAGGAAUUGUUGUUACUUUGGUCGAGCUUGCAAAGUAAUCGUGUGGCUCUCGUGGGUGGAAAUCACACUGCCGCUCGAUUUUGCACUCGCUAAGUUUUGCCUUCUUCGCCUCUCUCUUUCUCGCCUGUUAUAAUCUCUUCCUUGUUUUACUUUAAUAUGCUAUCUCUCAAUUUUCUUUUCCGGAAAAGUUUUCUAUUUUUCUUCUCGUACAAUAUACCUUGCCUUUGAUCACCUUUGUUUUCUGAAUUUUUGUGAUUGGAUUUGUAAGCCCUUUUUUGUUUGUGUUUUAAUCAAUCAUUUGGAUCAAUGGCUGUCCAUAUUAUUUAUGGACUUCUAAACAAAUUCCAUAAAAACAAGCAUAAAGCCUUGAAAAAUGGCAUUAAUUUGCAGUCUGGUGCACGACUGAUCGUCAAAGUUCCUCGCUCUAGGGUUUUUAAGCUUCUUGCUCGGUUCUUGACGGUUUUGGCUUUGACCUUAUUUUUGCUUCCUUGGUCGGGAAUAAGAUUUAUCGUCAACGACGAACCCGCUCUGCCUAUUUAUACAAUCAAGCCUGAAGUUGUCCCUGAGGCCGCUGAUCCCAUUAAUCUGGAAUCACUGCUAUUGCUGUACAAUGAUUUGAACAAUGAAGGUAUACUGAAACCGGGAAACAAAGGACUCUUGUUAAGCGAUGACUAUGAUGAAGAAUCCAUUCAGGGAAAUUCCUUCCUAACCAAAACUGAUAUGGAAUUCAGUUCUACAAAUGACUUUGAUCGACUAAUGUUAAUCCCUGACGAGUCCUUCGAUUUCAUCUUCACUGAAAACAUUCAAUCCGCCCUCGAAUUCAUCGACCGGAGUCUCAAAGUUGGCGGUACUGUUGCUGUUCAGCAGCUGGACUCAUCGCUUUCAUUCAACAAGCCGUCUAAUUACAAGAUUGUUUACUUCAGGAAAUUCAAUUCCAACCUUUUUGUGAUGAAAAAGGUUGAGAAUGCUCAACCGAUCCCAAGCUCGCAAAGGCGGCUUUUGGGGUAUAAUACAUCAGAAGCGAAACGGGCAGCAUUGAAGAAAUUGGAAGACGUUCUUCUUGAACCACCAAGAGCAUCCUCAGGGACGUCCAGAACUUACCUUAAACGAACGAAAUAUUUGCCAGAUCUAUUGGGGGACUCACUCGAAAGCUACACUCGUCGGGUUUUCAUUGAUGUAGGCUUGCGUAACAAAGAUGGCGACAGUGCCACCACCUGGUUUCUCAAGAAUUAUCCCACAAGAAAUCUGAAGUUCGAGAUGUACAAGAUCGAGACACUGACCAAGGACUCUACCAAGAAAGAGGUGUCGCAGACUGCGGUGGAGACUGGGAUGUCGGGUUGGCUGAGGAAGAACGUGAAGGAGGAAGAGUAUGUAGUGAUGAAGGCUGAGGCUGAAGUGGUUGAAGAUAUGGUGAAGAGCAAGGCUAUUAGAUUGGUUGAUGAGCUGUUCUUGGAAUGCAAACCUAAAGGACUUGGUGGAAGAAAGAACAUGAGCAGAAGGGCUUACUGGGAAUGCUUGGCUUUGUAUGGGAAGUUAAGGGAUGAAGGUGUCGCAGUGCAUCAAUGGUGGGGUUGAAGGGAAGUUUGAUUAAGGUGUGAGAAAGAGAUCUAUAUGUAUAUAUAAUAUUAUUAUGUUCCAAUACGAUUUCAUGAACAAAAAUCCAAUUUUUAAUUUCUUAUGUGUAUACAACAAAAGUUAAAAAAAAAAAAAAAAAGGUCACGCAAACAAGCAAAAUUUAAUAGCCUUUUUUUGUUCUUUGUAUUCCAAGUUUGCUAAUUUAUCUUUGAUGUAUUUUACUUUCUAUAGAUUUGAAAUUUGAUGAAAUGAAUUUGUAUUAUGAUAGAA